AUGCUUUUCUCAAGCCUUCCACUCCUUUUCGCAGCCACUGCGCUUGCAAGCCCACUUCAUCAACACAGUAGUCUCUAUAAGCGUGCCUGCGCUACCGGUCCUGAUACUGCAGCCGAUUUCGUCAAUUACGCUGGAUACUCAGACCCAGCUUUGAACGCAGCCACUCCUCCUGGCUACACCAACACCUUUACCAAUCUCCAAGCUAGCAGCAAUGCAGAUGGCUAUGGCGGCUUCAUCACUCUCCCCAGCUACAACGUAACUACCUGUGCAGCUCAAUGCACAUCCCGCGCCAACUGCCACGCUUUCAACAUUUUCUACGAGCGUACACCAGUUGCCGCUCCCUCCAACUGCACCAGCAGCGCCACCAUCAAAUGCGUAUUCUGGAACGGCGCCGUCAACACCGCCAAUGCCAAAAACACCGGCUCCACCCAGAACAACUUCCAAAUCGUCAUCGCAGGAUCAAAUGGCUAUGUCGCUUCUGCAAUCUCUCCUUCUGCUGGUUACGCAAUGCCUAUCUACCUCAACAACAACGCUGUCCAAGCACCUUUAGACUGCAACGGCAAAGACACCUAUCUCGGGUUCCAGACUUUCAACACUAGUUUUGAUGCAAGCAGAUGUGCAAAGGCUUGUUCUGCUCAAGCUGCGUAUGCAAUUGCUCAUCCGCCUAGCGAUGGCAGUAAGCCCAAGACCUGCCAGUUCUUUAACACGUAUGUGGAGAGCAAGAAUGGGGUUGCGCAGGACCAGAAGUGUGUGUUGUAUAGCCAGACUUGGGGCAAGAGUGUUGCGUCUAACACUGGAUAUGCGUAUGGCCAGGAUGUUUAUACGAUGGGUAUGUCUUAUGCUUACUCCAAUGCUACGGAUGCUGGUGUUUGUGUCAAGGCUUGA